GAAAUUCUUCAAAUUAAAAAUGUUAGACACCUGCCAACGACGUCACAUGCUGCUUGGACUCAGCCUGCUAGUGUCUGCGACCGUUGUAGUGCUAAUGGUGGAAUCCCGUUUUCCGGACAGUGAAACUACUCGGCGCUCGCGUGCACAACAGUUCGUCAUUGAAAACAAUUCCACUUGCUGGCAACGAGAGGAAUAUACUGUAAUCUUGGAGUGUCAUCCCUGUACCGAAUUCGAUAUUAUAAGCAAAAGUCUUGGUGUCUGCAUUCACACGCACUAUAAAGAGGUGCUACGCUGCAAGAGUGGGGAGACGGUGACGCGUAGUUGCGAUCGGGUGGCCUUGAUUGACCAGCGUAAUUUUAUUAAAUUCGAAAUUACAUGUUUUAUUGUUGGUCUAUUUAGCUACUUAGUAUCAUAUGUACGAGAACGUAUACUGACAAGGAGAACUCAUUUAAAAAUCGAACGAAGACUGAAUCGCAUGCAAUAGCAUUAAAACGAGCUUUCCAUUUUUCGACUUGAGUGUAGAUGGUUGAAGAUACUAAGGUUUGUAUCCUAGUAAAGUUUUGAGAUUUGUACGCUAAGUUUCCUAGAUUAGUUAAAAGUUAUUUUAUUGGACGAGUUGGCCUAAGCGAGAGAAAAUAGGUGUGUAUAACUAUUAGAAAAUUUUAGUGACGGCCUUUGAAGCAAAUAACUGAGGCCAUUUUUGGCAUCUCUGCUGCUCAGAGUUAGCGCAAACUGUAGGAUACGCCCAGGUCUGAAGUUAAUUCGAGCUUUUUUUUAAAUUUAAACUACUCUUGAUACAUUAGAAGCGUGGCUUUGUUUUGAUUUAUGUAUAAUUUUUGGGCCAUUAUUAAUCUUGUAAGA